UAACAACCCUCAAAUGCUGCACUGCAAUACUGUAGCUUAGCCCAGCAAUAAACGUUGCUCUCUUGCUGUUGCAUUUUAUGCUGUAAGGUUUAGGCCUAUAGCCUUAUUUGUAGUAACACACGUUUUUUUAAAGGCACCGCUUGACUAUCCAGUAAAUGUCGUUAAUUAAAGUGUAUUCUCUUUCCAUGCUCUAACACUAAAGCCUUCCAUUCACUAGUACAUUUAAUUUAUUUGUAUGGGCAAGGAUUUCCCACACGCGGAUACACACAGUGCAAGCAGGAGAGGAGUAUAGGCUAGAAUCCGUCAUUUGUCUGGUUUUAUGACUAUUGUGGCUUACACAGGCGUUAAGACAUUCUUUCGCUGUAAAACUGCCAUAAACCCCCCUCUAUUUGCCCAAAGAAUUCUCACUGAACAAAGGGGAAACGCGGCUAAAAGCCUCUUGUCCCAAUAUAAGACUUUCCUUACCUCUUCGAAUACGUUUCUCGAAUUUCAUGCACCAGCUCUAAUCUAAUUAUUGUAAAACGUUGCCUAUAGCGGGCAACCUCACAUGCUAUCAAAUGUAGCCUAGACCUGUUAGCUUUUUGAUGGGGAAUCGCUAAAAGACAUGCCCGUCUAUCCACAACAAUACAUUCAUAACUUAUUUUUAUGGUUAGCAUUAGCAAUAAGAGGAGGCCUAUCUUGCCAUAAGCAACAGUGAACCCUUUGCAUUUUCGUGUCAUUCCAACGCUAAUGAGAAAUGAGGUGUGUGUGUGUGUGUGUGUGUGUGUGUGUGUGUGUGUGUGUGUGUGUGUGUGUGUGUGUGUAUGUGUGUGUCGCACACUCGUGUUCAGUUUUCCUGCCAGCCUGUAGCCUUCAAAACAAGCCUGUGUUAGGACUUGUUUUAUGUCAAACUGAAUGAACUCAAUACUUACUAUUUGGAUUGUAUAUCUAAAGAUUGGAUAAUUGUAUUAUGGGCCUUCAUAUUAUCCAUCACCAUUCAGUCCAUUCAUAUUAGGCUAAAGCAUACAGCAACUUAGGCCUAUAUCUAUUUGUUGCUAUUAUAAAUAAUAUCAUUAAAAGUCACCCAAACACGUUUUCUUGACUCUGUAACAACCCUAACACUAUUUUUUCAAAAUAAAUCAUGUUUUUUAAUCACUUUAUAAGAUAUGUAUCUCACACCGAAGAAAAAUAUAUUCAUCGAUUUAAGAGGGCAAUAUUGUCAAGCUUUUCGAACUUAAUAAUUCGAUCACACUGUAUUGCGGUUACAAACCCUAAUCUUUUUUUCUCAACUGCGAGGGGUAUAGAAACAUAACUCUCGGUCUUCUUUAAGGUCCAAUCUUUAAAAAAUUACAAGAGACUGGACUCAAGUCAAAUAAUUUAAAUAGAGCGUGCUUGUCUAGCGUUGGCAUCUAUCUCAAUAAUUAAAUUCCACAUUUAGGCUAAUUCAUUAUUGUUUAUGUUUAUUGCUAUAGGCCUAUCUGAUUUAGUUCAUCCACACACUGCAUAUUUUUUAUACCUUUGUGAGCAGGAGUGUUAUUAUUUUUGCUAUGGUAUAGUACUGUACAACAAAGAAUAUGCGUUGCAGGAGGAGAUUGGCAAGAGGUGACUAGUGUGUGUGUGUGUGUGUGUGUGUGUGUGUGUGUGUGUGUGUGUGUGUGUGUGCGUGUGUGUGCGUGCGUGCGUGCGCGUAAAUGCUCACUAUGUAUAUAGUCCUUAUGCGUGUAUGUGCACGCGCCUAUGUGCAUGUGUUAGCUUGAGAUGGCGCGUGUGUGGCGUGUGUGUGCGAGCGCAUAUGCGAGAGUAGUUUCGACGGAGAAUGUUAAAAAAUGAAGUUACUUUUUUUUCUCCCUCAGUCCCUCUACUCCCUGCUUUUUAUUGGAGGAAAUUUGGUCAGCUGACGUUGUCAUCUUGUCCAUCCUAGAGUGAGGCUUUAGCAACAACAUUCGGCUGUGCCUUGUGUCUUUAUUGGCGUCCAGAAAUAAAUUAUAAAGAAAUCAUACAGCGUGCCUGUAUUAAAAGAGACUGACAGAGAAAAAAAGAGAGUGACUUAGUGAGUGUGAGAGAGAAUAAAGAGAGAGCUGAGAUUGAAAGGGAGGGAGGGAAAGAGAAAGAGAGGGAGCAAGGGAGAGAGGGAAGGUAUGAAUUCUUAUUUCGCAAACCCGUCGCUCUCAUGCCAUUUAGCUGGUGGUCAAGAGGUUUUACCAAACGUGGCCCUAAACUCAACUACCUAUGACCCAGUUCGACACUUCCCCUCCUACGGAACCGCCGUGCCUCAAAACCGGAUAUAUUCCUCGCCUUUCUAUUCGCCCCAAGACAACGUUGUAUUCGGCUUGACCAGGGGACCGUACGAGUAUGGAUCCAAUGUGUUUUACCAAGACAAAGACGUGCUGCCCAGCUGUAGGCAGAGCAGUUUGGGACAAGGUGCACAAAGCUCGCUCGCCCAGGAUUACCCGUCUGAUCAGGGCAGGAACGGCUCACAGGAACAGAAGGAGAGCAUUCAGAUCUACCCGUGGAUGCAGCGGAUGAACUCUCAUAGUGGAGUUGGAUACGGUUCUGACAGACGAAGAGGCCGCCAAAUUUACUCCCGGUACCAAACUCUAGAACUCGAAAAGGAAUUCCAUUUCAACCGCUACUUGACAAGACGCAGACGUAUCGAAAUCGCCAAUGCACUCUGUCUCUCCGAACGUCAGAUAAAAAUCUGGUUCCAGAAUCGCCGGAUGAAAUGGAAAAAGGAAAGCAAUCUAACUUCCACUCUCACUGAAAGUGGUUUGGCAGGGGCGAGUCAAGACACGGGAAAAGAGGACACAGAAGAGGCGACAGAAGAGAAGAAAGAAUGAGUGACUUCAUAACUUAGCCUACUAUACGCAUCAAUCCGCCGUGAUGUGAGAAUAACUUAACUACCUAUCAAGUACCUAUCAACAUUUUUUUUGCCACAAUAAAUACACUAGUAUAUUCAAAGAUAUGGCUGCGUUAAAUGCAAUGUGGAUGCAACAUUUCUUCAGACAUCAAUGUUUGCCUUUUUCAUUUUAUUCUGUAUUGAACUUUUCACGGUGACCACAGAAUUUGUUUCCUUACUUGACAUUCCCUCAUAUAGCCUACCCAAACUGUGUGUAACGCGAAGACGUUCAUUAUUGUAUUUUCAUAAAUGUUGUUUGACAACAAUUAAAAACACAUGGUUCUCAGAUGUCUGUACACCUAUGACGAAUAUGUUGGCAAUAUGUUUUUCCAAAAGUAAUUGUUACAACAAUAUGUGAAUGAAACUACAAGCGUUACAUCCGCUUGAGUAACUUAUUAAUGUUUUUUGGUUUUGUUGUUCUGUUGUACGAAAAAACUAUACUGAAUAAUAACGACCCACACUACCUAAAUUGUUGAUAUGUUUGUAUAUAUUUAUAUUUACGUAUAUCUGUAUUACAUGCCUUAGCCCUGUGAGAGCAUUCGUGUGCAUCCCGCAACUUUUUUGUCGUAAGUAGGCCUACUUUAUUUAUGUUUAGAUAUGUAGCAGUAGCCUACAUUGAGGAUGUGGUCAAAUCAUAACUGACCGAUGUAAUAAUAAUAAUAAGCCAUUUAGCAGACGCUUUUAUCCAAAGCGACCGCAUACAUUUUUACGUAUGGGUGGU